GGAAGUUGUGGGCGGUUGUCAAGCAAACUUCUGCAGCGCCUGUGGGCUCUGUAGUAUGUUUGUAUGUAAAUAUAGAGACUUUCUGUUUGGACUGAGCAGUUCUCCAACAGCUAAACGUGAGAGAUGAGUUGCUGUCACGGGUCCGAGCCCCAGGAGGUCCGGCCUGGUACCGCACGGAUCCUGGUGACUGAGCUCAGUGGUUCCGGCUACAUCAACCCAACUCCUGCAACGAAACCCUGCGAGGACUCUCAGGAGGCUGUGGAGCUGUACCUCUCUCCAGAGAAGCUGGAAUCCCUGUGUGGAACUCGGGACCUCUCUCAUGUGACCUCGCUGGAGGUCUGUGUAGAUACCCAGGAAAACUCACUGGGUAACAUUGGUGCCUACUUGCCCAGGUUAGCGCGCCUCAAAAUGAACAACAGCGUGAUUAUGUCAGUGAGAGACCUGGGAACCACCCUCUCCCACCUGCAGGUGCUGUGGAUGUCUCGCUGUUGCCUACGAGACCUGGAUGGCAUUUCCACUUUCUCCUCUCUUAAGGAGCUGUACGUGUCCUAUAACCAUGUGUCAGAACUUGGCCCGGUUGGGAUGUUGGAGAAUCUGGAGCUGUUAGACCUGGAAGGGAAUGAGGUGGACGACCUAGUCCAGGUUCAGUAUCUGGGUUUGUGUAGCAAACUCCAGACACUCACCCUGGAGGGAAACCCCGUGUGUUUACACCCGAACCAAACUUCCUCCGAGGCGCUGGACUAUAGCUACAGAGCAGCAGUGAGGGAGUUGAUCCCUCAGCUGCGUUACCUGGAUGAAGUGGAGGUGGAGGAGGACAAGCUGAGCUGCUGUAGCUCCAUGGGAGAAGACUGGGACAUUCUGCGAAACUGCAUCAGAGACAGCAACUCCACUCAGGCUGCUACUGACGACGAGGAGACAGCAGAGAGUGCACGUCCUUACAGCAGAUGUAGCUCCGCCAGCCGCCCUCCCUGCAGCCUCUCCUUGGUCGGGUCCGUGGCAUCAGCCGGCUCCAGACCACAAACCGGCUCCAGACCACAAACCGGCUCCAUACCACGGACAGCGACGACCAGACCCGGAGUCCUCUCCCCUCCUGGGUCCAGACCCGGUUCUGCAGACUCUGCAGAUCCAGCAGCGGUGGAAGAAGAAAGUAGCGCUCUGACGCAUGGAGCUGGAAAGAUCCUGUUCUGUGGAAACCCCGUCCUCGCAAUCCGAGCAAGGCGAGAAAAGCUGAGGACGGCCCCGAGCAGAUCCAGCUCCGCCCCCCGUGACCUGCCCAUCCACGUCCCAGAACACACCUACGACCUGGAGGAGCCCGACGCCAGCGAACGCGUCAACGUGUUCGCGGAGCUCAGAGCCUGGAGGCAGCAGCACAGCAGUCGUCUUCAGGCCAUAGAGAGAGAACGUUCCCCACAGGUCCUGACCAUUCAGCAUGGAGAGGAGGAGGAGGAGGAGGAGGAGGAGGAGGAGGAGGAUAGUGAAGAGGAGGAUGGUUUCAGUGGUGGGAGGAGUGAUGAAGAACAAGCUGAUUGUUCUGUCCAGUCUCUGUCUCCAGACCUCAGAGACGUCUUAUCUCUGGACGUGUCUCCACUCACCCCGUCCCCAGACGCCGCGUCGUCUCCUUCACCUCCUCUCGGUGUCAAACGUAAACUACCUGCGAUCCGUGCGCGUCGGCUUCGUCUGAGCCAGGCCACCACAGAGGAAGACUGCAGGAGAGAACGGGGCUCCUCUGAAACUGGGUUACAGACGAAUACGUCGCCCUCUUCUGCACUCGUACCCCACCCACCUCCACCUGCACCUCCACCUCCACCUGCAGCACGGGUCACAGAGUCACGCGUGGAGAGGAAUUUAUCCGGGGUACAGUCGGGCCGCAGACACAAGACGUCAAAAAACCUUGAAAUAUCUGCUCUCGCUCGGCCUCACACGGCCAUGGCAGCUCUACAAAAACACCACCUCCACCAGCAGCAGCAGCAGCAGCAGCAGCAGCCGCACCGUGUGCUCCAGCCCUGCAGGGGGAGCUCACACCCAGACUGACCAGACUUACAUGGAGCAGCAUGACUUGUGUGACUGCUCCAUUGAAGCCGUUCCCCUUAUUUGACUCAUCAGUCAGUCAUGACUCAUCAUUCACACCCUGCUCACUUGUAUUUUUAGAUGU